AUGCCGCAUUUAGUGGAGGACUUGUUGAGAAAGUACAACGACAACACAGACGUUGUCAACGAGCUGAUUGAAAAGAAGAUGAAGCUUAAGCUCUACCGCGACCACCCAGAGGAUGAGCCGGAGCUCUUGGCCCCGCCAGCGAGCUCGAGCAAUUGCUUCCCGCAGAAGGGCAAGGGUCAUGAUGCUCAUGAGAAGCCAGUGAAGACUGUGGACCAGCGAGCUAAAGUGGCUACCAGCCAGUGCAACGGGCAUCUCAUGGAGAUUAUGGGAGUGGAGCACAAGCUUGAUGCCAACCCGGAUGCCGGACGCGAUGAAGACGGGCCUUGUCCAAGAGAUGCAAGGCCAUCGCCAGUCGAUGGAGUUGGCAUUGCAGAACCUGCAGGCCAGGAGAAGAUGGCCAAGGGAUCGGUGGGCGAUGCCAUGCUUGACGAAGUCGUGGCUCUGGAAAUUGCGAUCGCAAACUUCAUUUCAAAGGAUCACUACAACCAGCAGAAGCCCAGAUAUCAUGAACCGUGGCAGCUUUCCUACAUGGAGAGCUCUGGCAACGUCUCAGAGCUCACGAAGAGAAUCGCGAGGCAGAUGUCGGGGAUCGCUGGCGGCGGCCGGCAUCCGCAGAACGCGGAGCGAGACUUGUUUCGAGCUCUGGAACUUCCUGAAAGGACAAAGCUCUGGUUCCCUCUGCUGCUUCCGCAUGAACUCCUACAUUACCUCAAUGCGGAGACUGGCAAAUGCGAUUGCCGCAAGAACCUCUCUGCCAUCCGGCAGUACUGGAGCUGGGCUAUUGAGCAUAAGCAUCCUUGGGCUACACGUCAUCCUGGUGCAGGCAAGGAUGCCUGCCCUGUCGGGCUCUACGGCGACGAGGCCCGGUACACGCUCAUGGGAGACAAAGUUUUGGCCCUGGGCAUGAACUUGGUAUUAGAAGACAUCAAGUGUUUGGAUGUGGCUCGCUUCCCAUUGUUUGUCUUGAGAGCCGAGCUUUUGAUAAACUUCGAGAAGACGAUGCAGCCGGUGCUUCUUGCACUGGCUUGGUCCUUUGAGGCUUGCUUCCAGGGAGUCUUUCCUGCAAAAGACCCCUGGGGCAUGGAGCUUGAAGGCUCGCCGUACGCAUUGACCGAGAUUCGAGGCGAUUGGGCUUGGAUGCAGAAGUUCUGGAAAAUGAACCAUUCCUGGUCGAAGGGAACCAAUAUCUGUCAUGCUUGCCACGCAAAGACCUCUGGGAUCUACGCCUGGCAGCAGCUCACAGUGUCCAAUCAGCCCUCGCGAUCAACGGCGGACUUUAUUGUCAAUGUGUGGGUGAAUCCCGUUGCAACAUCCAGAAAUUUCGAUGCCUCCAUGCUGCGCUUUUGCAGCAUGCAUGUAGUCAACCUCGGCAUUCUGCAAUAUGUCCUGGGCUCCGCGGUUUCCUUGCUGGCAGAAGUGCACGGUUUUUUUGGACCUGGCAAGCUGCCUGAGCGGUUGACGGAAAUGACUGAGCGAUUCAAGCGGUGGGCCUCAAGCUGCGGCAUCACCCACUCCCAGGGUUACAUCACACAGGGUAUGCUGCAUCACAAGAAGCGGGGGACUGAAUAUCCUCUUCUCAGCCUUAAGGCCUACAACGGCAGAGUUUUCCUGCCCUUCAUUUGCCUAUGCCUUCGUUUGCUCUGGCAGCAGACAGCGGAUUUGGAAGUUGGUCUCGCUUACUACUGCUGCGAGCGACUCUCCGCUUGGAUGGAUGGCCUGGAACGCUGCCCGAGAUAUCUUUCCGAGGCACAAGCAGAUAUGCUGGCUGGACACGCUCUGCGAUUCUGUGAGAUCUACCUGAAGCUCGUCCGGUUGGGCCUCGCGAAGAAUGUCUUGAGAUGGCACCUCGUGCCGAAGUUCCACGUGUAUAUCCGACAUCUGGUCCAGGAGGUGCAAACCUCGCGGUACAAUCCGCGGUUCCACCAUACUUAUCUGGAUGAGGAUAUGAUGGGCACGGUCAAGGCAUUAUGCAAACGUGUUCACCGAUCGUGGAUGGAGCCGAGAGUUCUCGGGCGAUGGCUCUUGAGGCUGCUGGUCUGGAAGCCACGGUGA